AUGCUCCCGCAUGUGCAAUAUUGUGAAAAUCCGUUGUUUUUCAUACCAUUUUUCCUAACACAUCUUUCCGAAAACAUCACCUUUGUGCUAAAGGAAUUCCUACAGGACAGUCCGAUAAUCUCGGUGGAACUUGAACGUGGUGCUCGUGGAUUCGGUUUCUCGAUUCGUGGUGGACAAGAAUUUGGUGCCAUGCCUUUGUUUGUUCUGCGAAUCGCUGAAGACGGUCCAGCAGCCAAUGAUGGCCGAUUGAGGGUCGGAGAUCAAUUAAUUUCAAUAAAUGGUCGUGAUACGAAGGGUCUCACUCAUGAAGAGGCCAUACAACUCAUCAAGCAGCAUCCAACCGUUCGCCUCACCGUUCGUCGCCAUAGACUUCCCUAA